AUGUGCACGGUGGAUAAAGAUGUUCGAUGCGCUGUGGAGGCAGAAAAUGGCAAGCUACCAAUGGAGACGUCUGGCGCAGUUGUCAGAGGCAGGAUGGACGCAAUGCUCGGGGGGUUGGCGCUGUCGCUGGUCCUGCAGAAACAGGAUGAACGAUAUGUCUGCGAUCCGCUGUUGCAAGACAGUCGCAUGUCUCUCCGAAAGGUCACUUUCGUCGAAAGCGAUGACUCUAUCCUCUGGUGA